AUGCGCCUCUACGAGCGAGAUCCCACUCUAGCGCUGCGAAAUGAGCUGGUCAAACGCGGAGGAGGCGAUGGAGGAACGCUGACGCUGUCUGUGGUCCAAAAGUACCCAACGACGCGUCCAUCGUCUGCAUAUAAUCAUGGAAAGCCAAAACCAACCGUUGGUGGCUCCUUUGGCGGCUUUCUCGGCUUGGUGAUUGGUCUCGGUUUAUUCGCCAUCAUCACGUCUACGGCCGCAUUUUUCCUCUACAGACGCUACAAGCGCAACAAAAACUAUCCUGGUGGCGCGUCAGGCGGUGGAUUUGGAUUCGGCAAGGGCAAGGGUCUGUUUGGGAAGAAAAAGAACAAAGGUUGGGUGCAAACACAUUCGUACACGGAAGACGACGACGAUGGUAUCCGGCUCGACCCUCAUCAGCAAGCGCGGGGUGGUAGACCGUAUGAGGAUCCGUUCAACGCAGAAUCGCAUGACGACCUACACCCACGACAAUCAUCGGCGCAGAUUGAUCAUGGGCCCGAGUACCACCCCGUCUCGACUCGUGGCGAGCGAGCCAAAUCGCCACCACCGUUUCAAGGCGGGACAAAGUUUAGAGAAAGCCUCUAA